AUGUGGUAUGUGGACCAUGUCAGCUUGGGAAACAGACGAAAGCUAAGCAUCCAGGCACUCAGAUCAACUACAUCUAGGCCAUUGGAGCUUCUACAUUUGGAUCUUAUAGGUCCAACUAGAACUGAGUCUCUUGGUGGUAAGAGAUACAUCAUGGUUGUGGUAGACGACUUCACUAGGUACACUUGGGUCAUUCUCCUACGAUCCAAGUUUGAUGCUCCUAAGCACAUUGAAGCUUUGUGCACAAGACUGCAGAAUGAAAAGAAUCUGAAGAUUGAUCGAAUUCGAAGUGACCAUGGUAAAGAAUUCGAGAACUCACCCAGUACCAAGAAGACUCCAUAUGAGUUAUGGAAAGGAAGGAAGCCGAAUGUGAAGUAUUUCAGAAUCUUUAGAAGUACUUGCUUCAUCCUCAAGGAUAGAGAGAAUGUGGGAAAGUUUGAUUCCCGGAGUGAUGAAGAUAUAUUUCUGGGCUACUCGUCCACAAGUAAGGCUUAUCGGGUAUAUAACAAAAGAAUCAUGAAAGUAAUGGAGACAAUGACUAUUAUUAUUGAUGAGUCUUCAGAUUCUGAUUUGAAGAAAGGUAUUGAGGAAUUCCCUAAAGAAAUUCUUCCUCUUAAGCCUAAGGAAGUUCAAGAAAUUGUUGAACAAGAACCUACAUCUCCAAGUGCUCCCGGUACUCCCAUUGUUGUGGAAGAUUUUGCAGAUAUACCCACUUCACCAAAUUCUGAAUCUCAUGAAGAGAAAGGACCUUCAUCCAGGGUUAAACCCACAAAAGUUGAGGAAGCUCUUCAGGAUGAAAGUUGGGUCGAAGUAAUGCAUGAUGAACUCCUGCAGUUUCAGAGGAAUGAUGUCUGGACCUUAGUACCUAGACCGGGGGGCGAGCACAUCAUCGGCACAAAGUGGAUAUUUUGCAAUAAGACUGAUGAAGAGGGCAAUGUGAUUCGCAACAAGGCCCUUCUUGUAGCUCAAGGAUACUCAUAA